ACUCCGGCUCGCUGCUCGCCUUUAAAACUCUCCAGGCCUUAUUCUCUCCCUAAACCUGUUGAUAUUGUAAUUAUUGUUAAAUCCCUCUCUGGUUUCUUGUUCUUUCUUGUUUACAAAUACAUCCAGAUCCCUAUAUUUAUGAAUUUCUGUAUAUCAUCAUCUAUCUAACUCUAUUUAUUUAGCCCAUGAACACCAAUCCAUUCAGCCCACUGGCUGAAUACUCGUAUUCCGAUGAGCUUAUCGAUCGUGAUGAGCUUAUCUCCAUCGAUCCUCAAAGGGUCUAUUUUAUGUAUGAGCUGAAUAAGCCGAUGCUCUCCUCCUUUCAGUUGUCGAAUGACAGUGAUGAGUAUGUCGCUUUUAGGGUAAAGACUACUAACCUAAAGAAGUACUCUGUACAGCCUAGGAAAGGUAUCGUGUUGCCGCAUUCACAAACCACUGUAACAGUUACAAUGCAGGCUCUAAAAGAAGAACCCUCAGUUUUGCGGUGCUUGGACGAUUUUCUUGUCCAAUGCGUAGCAGUGCCAGCUGGUGCCACUGUACAAGACGUCACUCCAGAAAUUUUCAAUAAUGAGGCGGGAAAUCGUGUUGAGGAGUACAAAUUAAAGCCUGAUUAUAAUGUCCGCUCUGAGUCAGAAGAGUCUGAGGAGGAGACAUCUGAAAAUACCGCUGCGGUUUCUGCAGGAUUUUCUGAUUAUCAAAUUACCUCUACUAAGUUUGAUAAAGAGGCGGGACAUCAUGUCGAAGAGUUCAAAUCACAAGCUGCUUCUGUUGCCUCUCCUGUGCCAGAAGACUCUGAGGAGACAUCAGAAAAUGAUACUUCUGUUUCUGGGGGAUCUUCUGAUCACGAAAUUGCCUCUACCAAGGCUGAUAAUAUUAUAUCAAGUCUUACUAACGAGAAGCAGUCCAAUAUCCAAGAGAAUAAUGGUCUUCUAAUGGAACCGUUUAAAGAUCUUAUGUCAAUGCUUGCUAAAGAUCCAAAUUCCUCCCGGACAAGGAGUAAAAGGCUCCAGGAUGAAGUGGUUAAAGCUCUUAUAUCAACGUUUACUAGCGAGAAGCUGUUGAUUAUCCAAGAGAAUGCAAAGCUUAAAGACAAACUGGUUAAAGAUAUUAUGUUAAUGCUUACUGAGGAGAAGCAGUCCAUUAUCCAAGAUAUUAAUAGUAGGCUUAAAGAGGAAGUGGAACUUUUGAAGAGAGACCUAACAAGAAACAAAGGUGGCAGCAGACUGUCUAUUUACUAUUUGUUGCUUAUUGCAGUACUCAGCAUUCUACUAGUGCAUAUAUUUGGAAGUUUGAUGCUCUCAUCGGACUUCUCAUAACACUUCUAUGUUGCCAAGUUUGCAAGAUGAGAGGAAGAUAAUUUAGGUAUAGGUUUAUUUUGGGGUUUGAAAUGUAUGUCAGAGUAGGAAGUUUGAUUUGUUAUGAAAUACAGCUAAGAGCUGGAGAGUUGAUUUGUUAAACAAGUUAGGAACAUCUAUCUCUAUAUAUAAGCAGAGAUUUGGAUGGGUGGUGGCUGCUCCAAACUCUCUCAAGCUUGUAAUUAUAAAUAAUAUAUUUUUAUACAUUAGAAAAUUGCAGUGCA